GGAGAUCAGCGAAGCCAUCAGGAAGCGCAUCCCUCUCGCUGCGAGCCCUGAACCUCUUGCCAUCACCGGCCUCGAGAGGUCCUGGCAUGCGGAGCAACCAAGCGACACGCGCUCCUCAUUUUCAAUCACCCCACUGCAACGUCCUGCGACCCGUAGACAGAGCGGCCUGCGAGACGUCUUCUUCAGGAAGGUCUCACAUAUAUAUACCGCCCUUCACGGUUUCCCCGGCGAUUGCUGACCUCUCGUGGUGGCUCUCCGCAGACCUGCCUGUGCUCGGACGCGACCCCUGUGUCAUCCGCUGGUAUUCUCUGUCUCUCAAGUUCGCAUCUUUUGGCUCCGUGCCGAGCUUUCUCGAUUACCGGCCUCUGAUCUGCUCCGAGAAGAGGCAAGGCCUAGGUGCCAAGGUGGAGAUCUGUUCGUUACCCUAAGACGUGGAGCCCGACGCGUGUCAAUCCACCAAGGAUUCUCCACCGACAUCCGUGAGUAACGUGAGGAAGCCAAAAAGCGGUUGACUGGGCAGCUCCUCGUUGUCUCAAGAUACAACUGUAUACGGACUACGCCUUUCGGCCGAGUCAUGUCAUCAGCUGCGUCUGGCGGUGCAUCUACCGACGAUCCCGUGCCGAAGAAGCAGUCAAAAGGAGACAAGGACAAGGAUGCUGCGAAAACUAAGCCAGUCUCUUCCCCCACCACAAAGCCGUCAUUUCUUCAGACAAUCGCAUCCUUCGGCUCGUCCUCUUCCACCAAUCGCAGCUCGAAGCAGUCUGGUUUGCGCACGUCUUCCCGACCUCAACCAGGCUCCAUUCAGUCCCCCACGGAAGCAAAAAGCAGACAUCCUGCAGCAUCCAACUCCAUGCCGCCGCCUCCCCCGCUGUCCACCUCGCACUCGUCUUCCUCGUCGCCUGGCUCAACCCCAACAUUGCACAAUGCCACUCUACCUCCCGCAUUGCACUCCAAAUCUGAUCCCACCCUGGAGACCGUGUCACCAUUGAGCCCUCGCGUAAGCGUCACACCUCCGCAGCGCGACCACUCUCCCGCUGCCCACGCGACCACCGCGGGCACAAGCGAGAACAUACCAGGUGCGGGGCGCACACACCACCGAGGCCAAUCAACGUCGACCAUUCGCCUCGAUGGGUCCCCGAAAGGCAGCGUGUCCAGCCUGACGGUCGGAGCCCCGCCCAUGACACGCAUCAUCUCGAACCCGCUGCCGCAACCGACGUCGCGUGCCUCGUCACCCGCACGGGGCGCGGGGCGCGGGCGCGCAAUGUCGCUCAGCACGACCGAGAGACCCGCCCCGGGCGGCGGCAGGAACAGGUCGCGCGAGGAGUCGGGGAGCCGCAGCGCACGCAGCCCGCUACACGGCCUCGCAAUGAGCUGGAGCACGUUUCGGAGCACGUCGCAGCCGAACUCGCCUGCGUCCGUACGCCACGCGACCGCAGACACGCUGCCGCCCAACUCCGCCGGCGCCGACCCCGACGCAGAGAAGAAGUUCUGGUGGCACCUCCGUCCGGAGACGCCGCGCCCGUGGUUCGACGACGGCGAGCAGGACGAGCAGGCACACGACGCGAAGGUCGCCGCCGCCGCCUCCAGGGACGCGCAGAGCGUGUUUGCAUACCAAGUCUCGUCCGGCGCGAGCGGUUCCGCGACGCCGCGGGAUCGCGCGAGCCUGUGGCACCGCAAGGGCAGCGUGCCCAGCGAGCAGAGCGAGGGUUGGAUGCGCACGAAACGGCGGAUCGAAGCAGUGACGUCAGCGGUACUGGGCAGUGAGGUCGUGGACAUGGCGCUUGCUGGCGCGCACGAGGCGCUCGAGAUUGGGUCGGAGGUCCUGCAGUUCGCGCCCGUCGUGGGUCUCGCUGAGGCCGCGAGGGUGCUCUUGAACAUCUGGAAUGCUGUGCAGCUUGUAGAGUUCAACAGACUCCAGUGCCUCCGCCUCGCCGAACGCUGCGCAAACAUCUUGUUUGCAAUCAAGCAGGAGAUUGAAGAAGCCGACCGUCUCUCAAACACGGGUUCUCCCAAGGCUGACACGCCGCCAGGUAGCCCAUCCAAACAGCCCAAGCUGAAGUAUUCUCCGCGUAUUGGAGGCAAUGACUCGCCGAAACACAAGGGAGAAGCGCAGUUACCUGAGACAUCUAGUGCGGGUAGUGUGACGCUCGGAUUAGUUGGCAAUCAGCUGAAGGAGCCGCUGAUUCGGCUUAUCGAGGCAUUCUAUCAGGUCCUCGAGUUUCUCAACAGGCAGAACCGUCGGCCGUUCUUGAAGAGGUACCUGAAACGCGACGAGAUCCAGCGGGACCUGUUUAUGUGCGAUACGGCUCUCAAUGACGCGAUGUACAUGUUUGAACUUGGCAUCCAGGUGCGUAUUCUUGAACAAGUCCUGCGAGCGGAAAAGCAGCAACAAGAUCAUACAAACAUGGUUCUCGAUCACAUCAUGCACACCCCGCCUUAUGGAUCUGGCCAGCUACCGCCAUAUCAGUCCCCCCGGUCCUACGCUGCUGCCAUGAACAUUUCUCCCAUUGCUGAUAGCAGAAUGUUCUCGGAGCACGAUGCUCGACAUGCGAGUAGUGGGGAUGGCCUCCUCUUGCAGGGUAUCGACACAUCACAGGCGGGCAAAUCCUUGGAAAGCCUUGGCCUGGACAUUGCCCCGAUCGAUGAUGAGCUAGACCACCAUCCGCUAGAGGCUCCACUCGAGCCCCCGAUACCAAGUCGCCCGCAAAUUCCUACCACAGUACCGACCACAGAGCCCCAGAUACACUCGACGCUCGCCGAGCUCACGAAUUGGCAAAACGUGCACGACAACAUCCGCGACCUCGCGGACCUCCGUCAGAUGCUGCGCCGAGCGCGCGACGACGAUGCCGAGAUGGCGCGGCUACUUCAAGUCAGACCCGAGGAGGCACCAGAGGCAUUGAAGGCGCUGCAGCGCGCCCUCGAGGACGAGAUUGCGCGUGAGGAGCGUCAGCGCUUGACAUCUGUGCAGGAGGGGAGUAGCGGUAUUUCGGGCGAGGAUGCGAGCGUGGGCAGCUUGCAGGGCAUCAUCGAUGGUGUCGUCGGCCGGCGCAACUCCAAGGAGAGCCUUGAGGUCCUCAACGCCAACCUCUCACGCCGGACAGACUUCGUGGACUCGCGCCGAUCGUCCACGAGCCAGGCCUCGACGUCCUCGACCGCCGCGCGCACGUCCAGCGGGGCGCACGACACGCUCGACCGCGAGUUCAUGGAGAGCGUGAAGGAUUCGCUCGUGCGACUGUCGUUCGCGUCCGGGCGGUCUGCCGUCGCGCUCUCGCUUCCGAGCUGGACGAUCACGCGGUACGAGGUCGACCUCGAGAAGCACGUCGGGCACGGCAGCUUCAGCGAGGUCUGGCGCGGGAGAUACCGCGGACGCACCGUCGCCGUCAAGGUCCUCCAGUCGUGGACGCCCAAGGACAUGUUCGUUCGCGAAGUGCACGUGUGGAACGCCCUCCGCCACCCGAAUAUCCUUGAGAUGGUCGGCGCUAGUGCCAUCGAGCCGCCGUCCGUCCCCGGGACACCGAUAUUGCCGUGGUUCAUCGUUAGUCGGUAUUUCCGCCGCGGAAGUAUCGUGAAGUGGUUGCAGCAUUUGUCGACAAGGGAGUGGCAGCGGAUGUUGGAUGAUGCGAUGGGAAAGGGCGUCUUGCGGAUGAUGCAUGAGAUUGUGCUCGGGAUGGAGUAUCUCCACAAGUCGGGAAUUCUGCAUGGAGACCUGAAGUGUGCGAAUGUCCUUGUGAACGACCACAGACACUGCAUCAUCUCAGACUUUGGGCAAAGCGAGAUGAAGUCUGAAAUGCAUCGCUUGAGUGGGCAGAAGACACUCAAGGGCGGUACCUUGCGUUGGCAAGCUCCGGAGCUCAUGGCCGGUCAGAGCAAGCUGACGCAUGAAGUGGACAUUUACGCGUUUGCGGUCUCAUGCUACGAGAUCUUGACGAAAGGCGAGGUCCCGUGGCCAAAUGCUAACGACUCGAGCAUCAGACACUUCAUCCUCAACCAGAAUUUACGGCCCGAAUUGCCACCUCUCAGAUCUUGGAGCAAUCAGCUCACAGACAUCAUUCACCAAUGCUGGGCUUUUGAGCCGUCGGAUCGACCAUGCUUUACUGAUCUUAACGUCAAAAUAGCUGCUCUGCGGAAGCAGUAUGGCUGGAGCGGUGUGGAACAGCUCGAGCACGGAGAGUCCGAAGAGGAGCAGGGUUGGCUGGACUGGAUUGACGAGCUUGACAGGGAGAAGGGGUACAAGAGUCCUCCGCUUGCACCCAACGUGCCUUUGCAUCAUCCGGACAUUAUUGAGGUAGACGAGCCGUCGGAUUCCAGUGGCUCGUAUCGCACCGCGCAUGCCAGCACUCCGGAACGUACUACGACAGAUGCAUCAAGUCGACCCUCGUCAAUGCGGACAUCGAUGUCAGCUCCGCAAGGCGGAGCGCCCUCAGCAGUGCCUGGGCAGGCGGAACCAUCGUCCCAUUCGGUCCCGGGACAUGUGCCCCCAUCUGGCCCACCGACUAUAUACGCGCCGACGCCUUCCAGACAGUCUUCUCAGCCACUUUCGUCCUCGGAUGGCGACUCCGCGCAUCUGCUGGACAUGAUGAACAGUCCGUCGCCAGAACCAGCGGAUCCGCGAGUGGUGGAGAUGAGGAACGAGCGGAGGUAUCGCAUGAUAUUACAGCACGAGUUUCAUCCUUCGCUGUCUCUUCCGCUCUGGUCUCCGUCGCCGGUCAAAGUCGGCGCCGUGGGCUACCACCAGAAGCCCGAGGGCGCGUUCGUGACGCUCUUCGACGCGUUCCGACCACUCGAUACGUCCGGUGGGCGCACGGUCGGGAUGCCCUCGCUCGCUGGGUAUGGCUACGUCACGGUCUCGGAGCAGAAGACCGAGAAGCGCAACCCUGCGCAGCGCGCGUUCGACCACAUCCACGGCAUCGUUUCCCGCAAGGGCGUAAGCCGGCGGUACGCGUCGCCACUGCGCACAGGGCACAAGACCGCGCACCUGUUCGCGGAAUCGACGCUGUACCGGUACGUCGCGGACCCGGACCUUUCGGCGCCGCGGAAGUGGUUCCAUGCGAAUGUCGAGCAGAUCCUUGAGAUCUAUGGGACAGAGCAUGCCCUACAGAAGGAGGAUCUCAUGCUAGUGAUUGGGACCUUGGAUGCGGCAGACUACGCCCUCUUCGUCAGCCACAACCACCCCGACGGCGAGGUCGACCUCGAAGUCUUCGCCAAGGCCAUUCCAGGCGAGGCAUGGGGCAAGUUCACGACGACGACGGAUCUGUCUGCCUCGAUUGGCCCUCAAUACAGCCUCUCAGGUGAAAAUACACCUCGUGUGGACUCCGGAAGCAAAGUAUCGUUAGUGAAGAAACCGGGAGAGCCCUGGGACACGGUGCUGCUCGCGAAGCUUCGAUUCCCUACGGACAAGGAGGAGCCGACGUCACUUUAAGCGGCACGAGGCUUAAGGUACACGAGAAGAAGAAAAGCUGGGUGUGGGCAUGGACUCUUUAAGAGAUUAUUACUGUCACCAUUGUACUUUAACUCAUGUAUCAAUGCAAUUAAGUUAUACAGAACGGUAUUCUAAAGCGGCGGGGGUGCUCAGCCGAUUGUGGUCAUGCAAGAUAGUCGAGACGAGGUGCUGGCUGCCUCUUUUUAGGCCACGCAUACUGUGCAACCAGCCCAAGCUGGCGGUUGAAGAUCUCCAUAGCCUCUGUUGCCGCCUCUACAGAGUCAAACGUCACAAAGACGUCGUGUCUUUCCAUGUUGCCGCCGCGCGGAUGGCUCAUGUAGACGUCCUUUACACGUGAUGCAUACUCGGCGACGUAGGAUAAUAGCGUCACUUGGUCCCCGGCGAAGCCCAUGAUAUGCAGCUGCCGACUGGGAUCUCGGACUGACGAGGGUCUGCUGGUGCUGUACCGUAGUUGGAGCGCGAGACCUCGGUAACGGAAGCGUCGAUUUCGAUGAGCGUUUAUCGCAUCCGUCGCUUCCUCUUCUGAAGUGUACCGGACGAUGCAUGUCGGCAGGCCUUUUCGGUUGAGGAUGAUGUUCUCCACUUCGCCAUGCUUCUCAAACAGCAUCUUCAACUCCUCCAGGUCCGGGCGCGUAGACAUGUCCAGACCAGACACCCACAACAUCCGGCUUGGCUCACCGACUUCAACGAUGUCGACCGCGUAGUUGAUGGCCAGCGGCACGUCGUCUAUUCGGAACGGGUACGACUUGUGGUUGUAGACGACGCUCCGCGCGGAAGCAAGCCUCGCAAACUCGACGUAGCAUACCGACCGCCCAUGCAAGUCUGUCGAAGUAAGUCCGACGCGCCGCGCGGAAGCAGAAAUGAACUCACUCAGCUGCAGGAUCUCCCCGUACGAAUCAAGCAUCCGCUUGAUGUCGGCCACAGUGGUCGUGUUCUGGUCGAAGCCGCGCACGAUAAUCGUCCUCCGCUCUUCCCUGCGUCGCUGGAAGGUGACCCAGUCGGCGCUACGUUCCUGCUCGAGCCUAUCCAUCUCGUCGAGGUCGUCGUCAUCGCCAUACCUUGACCCGUGCUCCCUGUCUAGGCCAAAGCGCGGCGGGCUCCAUAGCACCUGUGUCGCCGUUGAAUAACGGGAUGCAGCAUCGAAAGAGCGACGGAACCUAAGAAUAUGGGACAUCCCGGGGCGCGAGAGGCUUGAAGGCGCUUGACUGAGUGCUGUGAAUCGUCGCACAGCGCUGGCGGAGCAGAAGCGAGACAUGCGUCGCAACCCCGGGAGCGAGAAGAUACCGAAAGACGAAGCGAAAUGUGAAAGUGGCAGCUAGCUUCAGGGCGGCGAAGGACAAAGGACGGGAAU